CGUGUUCGGUACUUAUUCAGACGUGUUUCGAGCGAGAUGGAAACAGUGUAAAUUUAGAAUGUAUAUUAGUAUGUGUCGUUAUUUAAAGUGCUGCCGUGCGAAAAGUGUUUGAUGUGAGAUUUGUGCGGAACUUGCGUGAAAUGGAUGCAUAUUGGAAGUGCGGCCGCGAAUAACCCAAGACAAUUUUUUUCGGACGUUGUGUUUCGGGCACCAAUGGCUGAUGAUGGCGAUGCAUCCAAGCCCAAGACGCACAGGCCGCAGGAAACAUUCCACAGAGCACAGGAAACGCAAGUUGAGCACAAGUUUCCGAAUCCAGCCAGGAUAGCAGCAGCAGCUGCAGCACCUUUGCGACGAGGCCCUAAGAAGCUCCUCAUUAAGCGUAACGGAGACAGUUUCGGUUUUACUUUACGUCAUUUCAUCGUGUAUCCUCCGGACUCGAUCGCUGAGAGCGAUGAUAGGUAUGCCGCGGUUGGGGCUCUCUCGGCCCCUAUGGACACCAUCUUCGUAAAGAACGUCAAAGAUCCAAGCCCGGCUAAACGAGCAGGUUUACAAAAGGGAGAUCGUCUAGUGAAAGUCAACGACGUCUUAGUGACCAACAAGAGCUACGCGCAAGUGGUGCAGUUGAUACAAAAUACGCCUGAUUGUCUACAACUGCUCGUCGUACCCAAAGAAGAUGACAUUCUCCAAAGGUAUUUCGCGGAGACGGCCUACAACCCCGCAAGCAACCAACUCCCGUCUAGAUUCGUGAACGACCACCAAGCAGCGCAACAAUUCCUCACUCAGACCAUUUCCCAACCUCCCGAGUUCCAAGUGGACGCUCUUUCUUGGAGGUCCUUACAAAGUCCCUACGGUUAUGACUACAGGCAGCCGUUGCACGAGCGGUCGCAACGAAGUGCCGAAAAUCUCGAUUUGAACGAUAGACUGACCUACCAGCCCAAUGACCCGUUCAGAAGGCAGAGACCCCGGGCACAACCCCAAGUGCCUCCGUAUCGAAAUAUGGGACGUAGGGCUAGCGACGGCUGUGCUUUAUCCGACCGUGAGUACUACAGUGACUACUCCGAUUUGAACGACAUGAAGACCAUCCACAAGCCGAGUUAUCUGCAAGAUAACCAAAACUCCGAAAUGCCGGGUCUGAGGUACCCGAAUGCGGCCGGGUGUCGCCUCAGUUUGGACGCGGGCAGAAGGGAGUCGUCUUCUUCGUUGACUUCAUCGCUGGCCGAUGGCAGUAAGGACAGUUUAACUUCGUUCGAUUCGACGUCGACUUUGACGGGGCAAGAAACGGACGAUUCGGCCAGAAUGUCCAGGUUCCGAAAGAGCGUACAACAAAAAGAAGAGUUUUUGAAAAUGCCCACGGACACGUCGGUGAAACCGCGCGAGUUCUACAGCAGGCCGAAUAAACUGGAAAGGGCGAUGUGGCCACCGGCUGAACCCGCGCGGCAAGAAUCACCCUCGAAGACCAAGCCGACCCAUCAGAACUUCCAGAGGGUCAAAAACGACAUCGAGAACGAACGGGAUCUGUUACAGAGCAGCGGAGGAGUGCCGCGCAAUUUGCCGCAACAGAAAGGUGCUAAAUCGCCGAACGAUAAACCCUCGAUGGCCACCAACGACAGAAUGAAGGAGGCCUCGGUUGCUCCCAGUAGUUUAGAUAACGUGGAGCAGCUAAAUGGAUCGUUUACUGCAGAAAAUAGCGAUAUUUCCGACGAUAAAAGAUUAUACCCAACUAGUCUACAAAUGGUGCAUAAGAGAGCUCGUCAAUUCGAAAGCGGCAAACCUGAAAACGACCCGCAAGUCAGCGACCGCACGCUUUAUUUCAAAUCCGAAAUAGCGAGAUUCAGCUCGAAGAAAAUCGUUCCGAACGUCACCGAAAGAGCGCAAGAAUUCGAAACGCGUUCCGAGCCUACGAACCGCGAAACCCCAGCGACCACCAUCAGUCCCAAGAGGAUCCAGAGAGACUCGCGAUCCCUGGACAGCAACGGGAGCACCGGCAGCAACACCAGCCUCGGCGAAACGAUCGCCAAACGACUUUCUGGAAAUGUAAUGAUUUCCACUGGAAGUAAAUAUAUUCACUGUCCACCACCUUCAGAAUACGGCAAGCCCACAGAAGCGUCAGAGAACCAGGCGAACAGAAUUUGCGCCCGUUCUAACUCGGCGGAAUCGUGGGUGAUCGUUGACUCUCCCGAGCCCAGCAAGAGGAUAAGCAGACAGGAUGCGAUCGUCGACGAUGGUAACAAAUCUAAAGACCACCAGGUGGACGAUCCGGGCCAAAUCCCGUACGCCGACCUGCCUCCUCUUAUCCCCGAACCCGUCGAGCACAUGCAUUUCACUCCUUCCGUUUCCAUCACUCCAGCUCCCACAGUUUUAGUUCCUCAGCCUUCGAAGGCCGUUCGGCCCAACCAGCUUGACUUGGAAGGGCCCGUCAGGCCCAGUAGACACCUCAAACCACCGUCUUCGUCAGUUGACACGCCGAUGCGUCGUCCCGUUUCACCAGUCAUUGGGGAGGAUAACAAAGCAGCUGUGGUUAAAAGGAGGACUAAAAAUACUAACCUGGCCGACGAUGAGAGGACAACCCGCCGCGAGUCGUAUUUAAAGGCGACCGAGGGUGGCAGAAUGCCGUUCGAUAGCGACAUGAGCGACAGCGAUGUUUCGCCCCAGGUCCUGCGAAGCGCGCACAGACGUUGGCGGCCUCCUUUGUUUCCCGGGGACAUUCAACAACUUCGUAAGCUGUUUGAGGACGCUGCUUCCUCUUUAGGCGGCAGCGCGAGCGGAAACAGCAGCAGUAGCGCCUCUUUGGACCGCGAAAAGUCCAACGCAAGUCCGCUGGACAAGGAUAAGCACCCUGUGAUCAGGGAAGGUCCGCUGCAUUGUAAAAUCACAGAGAUCGAUGGAAAACGUUCCGGUGACCGGUCAUGGAAGCAAAUUUGGGCCGCGCUCAAGGGUCCCAAACUGUUCCUGCACAAAGAUAAGCAUCACCAGAGCCCGAUGGGUACUUCCGACGCCGUUGAACAUUCACUAGCCAGUGGCGUGGACAUGAGGGCCAGCGAAGUUCGCGUAGCUGAUGAUUACACCAAACGAAAACAUGUCUUGAGGGUAUCAUCAGUGAAUCCUUGUCGGUCGGAAUUCCUCCUCCAAGCCGAAAACACAGAAGAAUUCACUGACUGGUUCAAGGCUUUGCAAGAACAAAUGGCCACGAAUACCGAGGCCGAAGCGAAAUUCGACCCAUCGACUGGCAGUAAACAGCAAGCCGUACCACAGACCAUCCCAGCGUCCACUUCCAUCCUAGUCCAAGGCAACAGCCGCCUCUCCCCUCAGCCCACCAAAUGCAAAUCCUCCACCUCCCGCAACCGUUCCCCAACCGGUCAAUCCCCCGUGAGCAAAAACCGCAAACCGUCUCAAGUGGCCGACCCCUCCACCAGCCCUAAAGUGAAGACAUGGCGGGGUCGCGUGGCCCAACAGUUCCGGCGAAUGCAAGGUGCAAGUUCGCCGAGUUCCCCGACGGCUCCCGAAGGCUCAACUUUCGGGAUUCCCAUCGAACAGUGUCUCACAUCUUCGACGAAUCCCUACGUUCCGAGGUUCGUCGAAGUGUGUACGGACAUUGUCGACGCUCACGGAUUACAAACAGUGGGGAUAUACCGAGUGCCGGGAAAUAACGCCUCGAUUGUAGCGUUGAUCGACGAAAUCAACAGGAAUUACGAAGAAGUGCCUGUGGAUGAUCCACGAUGGAACGACCUACACGUUGUUAGUAGCCUUCUGAAGGCCUUCUUCAGGAAAAUCCCCGAUUCUUUAGUGACUAGUGCGUUGUAUCCGAGUUUCAUUAAGGCCGACAAAAUCGAGAAUCCCGAAGCCAGGAUGAAGGAAUUGAAGAGGCUGAUUAAGAGUUUGCCCCCUCACAAUUACCACACGCUUAAACACAUCAUGUUUCACUUGAAGAAAGUUAUGGAUAAUUCUGAGAUUAAUAAAAUGGAAGCGAAAAAUUUAGCGAUUGUCUUCGGCCCGAACAUUGUCAGGCCCGAGGACGACAAUAUGGAAACAAUGGUCAGUAACAUGACCCAUCAGUAUAAAAUCGUGGAAACUCUACUGACAAGCGCCGAUUGGUUCUUUUCGGACGACGACACGGACGAAGUGCCUCUUUCCGCCGUUAUAACCGAAGCGCAGGACGAGCCAGAACCCCCGAGUAGUCAAGCUCUGUUACUCGAAAAUAUUAGCAAAUAUGAAGCUUUAAAGGAUAAGCAAAAGAAUGGCGCAUUGCUUUCAUCGAUCAUUUCGGCGGCGCAGCGAAAAGUGAAAAGGAAAACGACCAAAGGUUCAGGUUCCUUAAGCGAAAGCAAAGAAGUCACGUCUCCGAACGGAACCGGAGGCUACUAUUCGGACACAUUCUCACAAUCUGAUCUCAAAAAUAGUACAAUUACGGACGAUAAAAGUAACGUCAUACCCACAACAGUGAGCGAAAUCGAAAAGAGUUGCAAACAGCCUGCAAAAGUGCCUUGGUUUAAUUACUCGACUGAUAAAGAGGAUUUUCACCGACGUAUUGAAAACUUCAAACAGGAGACGGAAGCUAUGUUGCAAAUGCCGCGACAUUUGGAGAUUUCGGUGACCAACAUCGCUUCCAAAAGUACUUCGGCUAGUAACGUAAAUCAAACACCCCGACUGUCCACAAGAACGGUCGACUCCCAUUUACUUAAAACAAACAGUGCUUCCAAUGUAUUUACACGAACUAUCAACAUGGACAAUAGACACAGUUUGGACAAUUCGUACCAAGUGCAAUACAAUAAAAACAAUAGUGAUUUCGGUGGCAGUUUACGCGACACGAACAGAAACGAGAGUGUUAGUACGCAAAACGGCCGGUUGGUGCGACGUGGCAGUUCCGUCGAGAACGUCAAUUCCAGUUCUAUGGACUUGAACGCGAAUGGUGCCAUGAAGAAAGUCAAGUACGAAAAUGAGGGCGGCUCUCUAGACUCCCUCCACAAAGAGGUGUCCAUAGAUGACGAUGCGGAUCUGGUGACCACUCUGACCAACCUCUACGACAAGAAACUGAUGGAGAAGAAGAACUCUCGGGAGAAUCUCCUCUCCGGGGAGGACUUCCCCUACGCGGACGAAUCACCGGAGAAGACCCACCGAAUCAUCGCGCAUUCCCUUUCGGACAAAGAAAACGUGCCAAAUUUAGGCGACUGCUACCGAAAUCCCAGCUUACACAAGAACCAAUUUAGCAACAAAGCGAAUUUUUUACACUGGGACGACUCUAAACUUAAAGAAUCGAAAAACGAUACCGAGAAAGACGAAGAUUCGACAAUGACAUCCGAGAAGCACAUAUCAAACAAGCACAUGAACAACAGGAAAAAUUCGGUGCCAAACUCGAAACUGCGGCGUUCGGAGUCGCUGAACAAGCCCGAACGGACAGUCUCGCCACUGAACAACAAGCUGAAGCGGUCGGAAAGUCUGAACAAGACCGGGGAUAAACUCAAGCGUUCGGACAGUCUGACCAAGACGGAAAAAACCGAAAGCAACUUGAACAAGCGGCGGGAGUUGGCAACCUCCGUGCGACGCUCCAAGGAUGUGACCAAGCUGAAGAGGAAAAACGGAAUGCCGGAUCGGUCGAUCAAGAGACGGCACACUGUUGGCGGGACGAAGGAUCCAGACAAAGUCACGUGGCUCGACAACAAGUACCAGGAAGAAGUGACUUCAAACAAGGAAAAUAAGGAGAAGAACUUGCGGACCAGCUCUCCGGACUUGAGCUCGACGAGGCGCGAGAGGCUGUUCUUCGAAAUAAACCUGAUAGGGCCCGAGAACAUGGUCGUGGCGUUGAAGCAGCAUUUGAUGGGCGCUCGGCCCCAGAGUUUUCCGGAAACCGCCGUUUUUAAAGUACCGCUCGAAUCUCACGUUUAAGUCGUCGCGUGCCUUAAAGGGAUAGACUGAGCUGAUGAUGUGCAAUACGCAUGUGCAUUGAUAAUCAUUAUUUAUUUAGGGUAAAUUCAUACAUAGAAUGGAAGUUGCUUUCGUUUCGUGUGAAAGUAGGCUAAGGUUUUGUUUUUUGAUCUUUGAAAAAGACGGAAAUGUAAUUUCUAAUAUUAUGACGGCCGAGUUUUUAUUUUUACAGCAUUUAUUUGUUGUUACUUUAAGUUUUUGCUCCUUUAAAUGUAUGUGAUUCUAAAAGUAAUGAAUUAAUUCAAUUCCAAGGUGAAGCAAUUAAAUUUGUGAUAAAACUGUAGUGAUUUAGGCUUGUACAUAACUGUGUUGUUUUACUCUCAUGUUUAGUUCUUUAUGCUUUGAUUACCACGUUUUUCAUCUUUCUAUUAUUUCCUUCUUCAAACAGUAUUAUUGAAUACUGUGCCAAAAUAAUAUAUUAUCUAGCCACUUUUUGUAAAUAUUGUUUAUUUGCUUGUGAAUUGGUGUAUAAAGGUCAUAGGCUGAGCAUAUUCUUGCCUGUUAUUGUUUUUUAUAGUUUUAAGUACAAAUUGUAUGUGUUGUUGUAUUUUGUGAAAAUUGUAAAUAUAAUUUUCAGUUUAUCCAGUU